AUGACUCUCCUGCGCACCUCGGAAGUACAGCUCGUCACAUGCUUGUGCGUCUCACAACUCGCCCUGAGCAGCACAGCCCCUUUCUCCAUCGCACCAACAAUUCCCAACUUUUUCCGGGCUCCAGAACUCGAGUGCGCCCCAACCGUGUGGCGGCGCCGAGGUCUGCCCGGCGAUCCGCGGAGGCAGGGGCAGGACUGGGCGGGGGGCGCGCCGCUCCGGCUAGGGGGUCGCCCCAGACAGCGCACGCUGCCUCCUGCGACCCAGGCCAGCAGCCCGGGAGCCGGCCGAGUGCAGGCCGGGGAGCCGCGGCCCGGCCGCCCGGAGAGAGAAUGCGGCCGGCUGGGAACCCCAGCGGGGCGCGUCCGGCCAGGGCGACACGAAGGCCGAGCGGGAGUCCGGCUCGACCCGAGGCCGCCCUCACCCGACCGCGCUUACCCGGCUCCACGGGACCCGAGCACCAUCGCCGCCGUCGCCACCGCCUCACACAAAGGCCCCGGCCCGCCGUGCCCGGCCCGACGAGGAGGCGGCGCCGCCGGCCGCGGCCAGACUCUCCAUCCGCCGAGCCGCUCGCCGCGCCGGCCCGGGCCGCCCCCGCCGCCCGGCCCGCAGCGCCCCCCGCCGUCCCGGAGGAGGCAGCGCCCCCCGCCGCACGGGAGGAAGCAGCGCCCCCCGACGGCCGGGCGGAGCCCCUCGCUGAGGUGCCUGAAGAGGGAAAAUCCAAGUUGA